AUGGACGGGCAGCAUGCGGUGUUGGCCGCGGGCGUGCCGGUGUACGCCCUAGGCUUUGUAGACAAUACGCAUCUCUUCUAUGUAGGCGGCGGCGGCGCGGGCCGCAGCGGCGUCGCGAACGGGAUUAAAUCUGCCGAGCUGCAGCUCAGCGACGGGGCUUCGCUGCGUGCGGCGGGCGACCUGAAGCUCAGUGCGUCCGAGGACGCACCGAUGUGCGUCGCGGUGCAUCCACAGGACGGGUCGCUCGUGUGCGGCGUGAACGAGGAGCCGGCGCGUGUCGCGCAAGGCGAAAAUGCGCACGUCCGUGUGUUUGGCUACACGACGACCACGGCGCCGGCGGCGCGCGCGGAUGCGGCCGCGGGGCGCGCGGAGCUCUCGGUGACGAUUACGCCGCGUGCCGCGGUGCCGUCGCUCGGCAUCACCGACCCGGAGCACUACCAAAAGACGGCGACCUUUUCGCCGGACGGCUCGCUCCUGGCGCUCGCAAGCUCGGACGGAAAGGUGCAGCUGCACCGCUACCCUAGCCUCGAGCCGGUGUGGACGAGCGCCACGAGCGCCGUGCCGGGCGGCAAGGAGGUGUACGACACCGACUUUUCGCACGACGGAACGCAGCUCGCGAUCACGACGGCCGCCCAGAUCAUCGUCCUCUCGACGGCGCCCAAGACGACCGAGGAGGGCGGUGUGCUCACCUAUACGCCGCGUGUCUUGCAGACGAUCGAGAGCGCGAAUAUCGGGUCUGCCCAGCGGGGCUCCUUCCGCAUGGCCCAGUUUGGGCGCAGCACGGGGCUCAGCGUCGGUACGCGCGACCGCCUCUUUGCGCUGGUGAACACGACGCCGGCGCCGGGGAGCAAGACGCGUGCGUGCUACGUCGCGGCAUGGGACGCAGAUGCAUGGAAGAUGCUGGGCGCACGCAAAGUGUCGAACCGCCCUGGCACGGUCCUUGCUGUGAGCAACAAUGGGCGCCUCUUGGCCGUCGGCACAUCGGAUCUCAGCCUGUCGGUGCUCCAGGCACGCACGCUCCAGCCUCUUUUGCGGGAGGAGAACGUGCACGACUUUCCCCCGACGUGCGUCGCAUUUGCGCCCAACUCGCGUGCGCUCGUGAGUGGCAGCGCAGACUCGACGGUGCGCGUGCGCGUGCUGCCGUCGGGUAUGGUGCCGAAGCUGACGCUCUCCGACGAGCUUCUUUUUGUCCUCUUUUUCGUGCUUUCCGUUAUUUUCGCGGUGCUCAUUUGGAAGAUCCAGGGCCACUAG